UUUAUUUACUCUUUAAAAGACAUCGCGGGUGAUAAGUAACGACGAGGAAUAAAAUUACUCACAAAUAUUGAUAAUUUUGUUUUUGUGAAAACAACGAAAAAUGUAUCUCCGAUAUUAUUUAAACGAGAAGGGUGAAAGGCAAUACACACUAUCGACGAUUGAUCCUUAUGGCAAGCCGACGUUAUCAGCUCAUCCAGCACGCUUUUCUCCAGAAGACAAGUACUCCAGACAGAGAAUAAUCAUAAAGAAGAGAUUUGGCCUCCUCUUGACACAGCAACCCGAACCUGUAUUAUAAGAUUUAUAAUGUUAUUAGAAUAAGUUUUACUUUAAUUAUAAGUUUUAAUUAAGCUUA